GAAUCCAGCUGUGAAUUGGUUCGCAUGAGCGGAUUCGUGCUAUAGACCGUUUUGCCGACUGGGAGAAUCAUUGGAGACUUGUGUAUUUUCGCAAUAAUAGACAAGACUUCAGCACAGAGAGCUCUCUUGCGCAUCCUUUCAGCUCGAGCUUAAGCUUUUCCUUUUCAUAUGCAGACAGAAAUCACUGCUUGCACCUUUAGAAAAGAUUCUGAAGGAUUUUACUAAUUGGAUCUAUAAUUGUCACUGUUGUGAAUACUUUAGAGCAGUGGAUCGUGCGGUGAUCUAAUAGAAAAGAAUAAAAAACAUGAAAUUGUAAUAUUUGAUCAUUAGCCUACUUUUAAGUGCGCGCACGCGGAGUAAACGAGCGAAGCGCACAAUUCAGGAUUGGGAAGCAGUUUUGCAGGACCUACCUUGUUUUGAUCUGGUUGUUGGUCAUCGAAAUACAAUGUUGAAAUCUUAAUGCAUGAUGUCCAAGUCACUGAGAUACCCAUAAACCUGCUUGCGCUGUAACUGCCACCUGGAAACACAGCCUGUGAGCUCCCUCUGAUCUUGUUCAAUACCAUCAUUUGGACUGCUUUUGCAACCGAAAUGAUCAUGCGAUGAGUAAGCUCGAUUUGGGCAUACUGUCAGAAGCAAUUAAAGGGGGUGAAUGAUGGCUGAAGAUGGAGGAAAUAUCUCCGAGGACCAUCAGUUGAGGGAAGCAGAGGGUAGCUCCUCUCUUCCAAGGACUUUUAUACGACUUAACGACCUGUCCGGUGGCGGGGAGCGCAAUGAGCUUGAGUCUGAUGGAGGCGAGAGGCGGGAGAGCGCAGCCGGAGCAGCGGCGGAGGAGGCGUCCGCUUGCGACGGGGAACCCUUGCCCUAUCCGUCUUUGGCACCGGUUGUGUUUUUCUAUCUGAAGCAGACCACGCGCCCAAGGAGUUGGUGUCUGAAAAUGGUUUGCAAUCCAUGGUUCGAGAGGGCCAGCAUGCUGGUAAUCCUGCUGAACUGCGUUACUCUGGGAAUGUUUCACCCUUGUGAGGACAGCCACUGUGACUCAGAGCGAUGCAAGAUACUGGAGGACUUUGAUGAUUUCAUCUUUGCUUUUUUUGCCAUGGAGAUGGUAAUCAAGAUGGUUGCACUGGGCAUCUUUGGGAAAAAAUGUUACCUUGGAGACACCUGGAAUCGGCUAGACUUCUUCAUUGUGUUGGCUGGGAUGCUGGAAUACUCUCUCAACCUGCAGAAUGUUAGUUUCUCUGCAGUCCGAACGGUCAGAGUACUUCGACCUCUUCGGGCUAUCAACCGAGUGCCCAGUAUGAGGAUCCUGGUAACGCUUCUGCUGGACACUCUUCCCAUGCUGGGCAAUGUGCUGCUACUUUGCUUCUUUGUUUUCUUCAUCUUUGGGAUUGUAGGGGUCCAGUUGUGGGCGGGGCUUCUCCGCAAUCGCUGCUUCCUCCCGGAAAACUUCUCCCUGCCUACCAGUCUAGACCUGCACAACUACUACCACACAGAAAAUGAUGAUGAAAACCCGUUUAUCUGUUCUCAACCACGGGAGAAUGGCAUGCGCCUGUGCAGCUCCAUCCCCACGCUCCGCGAGGAGGGCCAGCAGUGCCAGCUGGACAUGGCAGCUUACAAUAGCACAGGCAAUACCACCUGCGUCAACUGGAACAAGUAUUACACCAACUGCUCUGCCGGAGAGGCCAAUCCCUUCAAGGGGGCCAUAAACUUUGACAACAUUGGUUAUGCCUGGAUUGCCAUCUUUCAGGUUAUUACUCUGGAGGGCUGGGUGGACAUCAUGUACUUUGUUAUGGAUGCUCACUCCUUUUACAAUUUCAUCUACUUCAUCCUCCUGAUAAUAGUGGGCUCAUUCUUCAUGAUCAACCUUUGUCUAGUUGUCAUAGCGACACAGUUCUCUGAGACCAAGCAACGAGAGAGCCAGCUUAUGAAGGAGCAGAGAGUGCGCUUCAGGUCCAACGCCAGCACGCUGAAUAGCUUCUCUGAGCCAGGAAGCUGCUACGAUGAGCUUCUCAAGUACCUAGUCCACAUCAUCCGCAAAGGCACCAGGCAAAUUUGCCACCUCAUCCGAGUUGCCGGGCGUCGGGCCGGCCUGCGGAUCUGCGCUUCUCCGCCACUGGAACCACCGCCCACGAAAAGACGCCGUAAGAUGCAGCGCCAGGCAUCCAUCCGUCACGUCAUGCACCAUCAGCACCACCAACACCAUCACUACCAUCUGGGCAACGGGAGUGUCCGAACUGAUGGGGGCAGAGAAGUGGACAAUGGUGCCCAGAGUGGAAAUGUCAACAACUCUGGGCAUCUCAUGCUACCUGUCGUUGUCCCUCAUCAGGACCCCUUUUGUGGGUCUCUGGGCUCCAGCGGUGCAGAAUCUGUGCAUAGUGUUUAUCAGACCGUGGGCCACCUUGAGCCGCUGCACUGUGGCCCCUCACCUUCUCCCACAUUUCUCCUGGCAUAUAAGAGGAACUCGGUACCAUUUGCAGCUCCAGUUCAUAAGAACUACCCCACGUUGCAGUCAUCUCUGGCCUUAGAGCAGCUCAGACAGAGAAUCCUGGAACCAGGAGGUGGCAGUUGCACUCCUAGUGUCCUUACCAACCUCAAAAUCCCACCUACUCCCAUCAACACCUCACAGUGCCUGGUGGAGACACAAGUUCCUCCUGGCAAGAUCAUCUGUAAGGAUGCACUCAUAAACUGCAGUGGCACAAACUUAGACACCGCUUUGACCUUUGACCCUGAGACGUGUCCGUAUUGCGCCAAAUCCAUGGCUAAUGACUCUGAGGGAGUGGAUGGGAAUGAGACGGCAGACUCUGACAGUGAAGGUGUAUAUGAGUUCACACAGGAUGCCCAUUAUCGGGACAGCAGAGAUUCCAACAGGAAGAAAAAGAAGUUUGCAUUAGGAGCUCGGGCAGCAAAGGUGGUCCAUUUCUGGAGGCUGGUGUGCGACACUUUCCGUAAGAUUGUGGACAGCAAGUACUUUGGACGAGGAAUAAUGAUUGCCAUUCUCAUUAACACACUCAGCAUGGGCAUCGAGUACCAUGAGCAGCCUGAUGAGUUGACGAACGCUCUGGAAAUCAGUAAUAUUGUCUUCACCAGUUUGUUUGCACUGGAGAUGCUCCUGAAACUGCUGGUUUAUGGCCCUUUCGGCUACAUCAAGAACCCUUACAACAUCUUUGACGGCAUUAUUGUGGUAAUCAGCGUCUGGGAGAUUGUUGGUCAGCAGGGAGGAGGUUUAUCGGUGCUGAGGACCUUCAGGCUCAUGCGGGUGUUGAAGCUUGUCCGUUUUAUGCCGGCCCUGCAGAGGCAGCUGGUGGUCCUGAUGAAGACCAUGGACAAUGUUGCCACCUUCUGCAUGCUGCUUAUGCUUUUCAUAUUUAUUUUCAGUAUUCUAGGAAUGCACCUGUUUGGAUGUAAAUUUGGUUCUGAGAGAGAUGGAGACACAGUUCCUGACCGCAAGAACUUUGACUCGUUGCUGUGGGCCAUUGUUACAGUUUUUCAGAUCUUGACUCAGGAGGACUGGAAUAAGGUACUGUAUAAUGGGAUGGCCUCCACCUCUCCUGUGGCUGCUCUGUACUUCAUCGCUCUCAUGACUUUUGGAAACUAUGUCCUGUUCAACCUGUUGGUGGCUAUCUUAGUGGAAGGAUUCCAAACUGAGAAAGGCCAUGUGGGAGUGAGAAUAGUCAAGUCCAAUCCAGACACAUCAUCCACAGUGCUCAUUUCUGAGCAUGCAGGCGAUGCCUCGAAGUCAGAUUCUGAAGCGGAUUUCUAUGCACGGAGCUUGGAGGAUGUUUCAGGACGUGUUGUGCCCAUCAAUGGCCAUGUGGAUUUGAAGAGCAGCUUGACCCCUCCCCUCAUCACUCACACGGCUGCAACACCCAUGCCCAUCCCUAAGAUAUCAGGAGGAGGAGAUUCGGCUCUAGACUAUGAGUCCCGCAGAGGCAGCAAUGUCUCCAUGGAUCCUAAUGGCCAAGACAAAUCUCCAUCGAGUGCACGGAGCACCCCAAAUGCCCCCUGGAGUUCAGCCAGUAGCUGGAACAGCAGGCGCUCCAGCUGGAACAGCCUGGGCCGAGCCCCCAGCCUCAAGAGGCAGAAACGGCAGUCUGGCGAACGCCGCUCCUUACUUUCAGGCGACGGCCAGUCCAGCUCCGAUGAGGGAGAUGCGGGAGAGAGCGGGGGCGGAGGUGGCCUGUCUGAGGGCGAUGAUGCCUCCCUUGCCAGGACGGACUCCCUGGGCCAGAGGCCUCGGCACAGGCGCAUGGAGUCCCUGGAGACACGUAGCUCGUUUGAUCUGCCUCCAGACACCCUGCAGGUACCAUACGUGCAUCGCUCUGCCAGCAUACACAGCGCCCGGCCGCCCAACUUCCUCAGCAACGGCAAGAGUUCUCCAUCUGCAACCACUACGCAGCUUUCUCUAGAUGAACACCACAGUGAGGAUGACAAUGCAGAUGAUGAAGGAAACCUGAGUCGGAAGGCUCGUCUCUUCCGCUGGCUGGAGCACAAGCAGCCCCAGUGGUGUCGGGAGAGGGUCGCCUGGUCUCUUUAUCUGUUCCCCCCACAAUCACGGUUUCGUGUGACCUGCAAUAAAAUCAUCACUCACAAGAUGUUUGACCAUGUGGUUCUUGUCAUCAUCUUUCUCAACUGCAUCACUAUUGCCAUGGAGAGGCCCAGAAUCGACCCCUCCAGCGCUGAACGCAUCUUCCUGACGUUGUCCAACUACAUAUUUACUGCCAUCUUUGUGACCGAAAUGACAAUAAAGGUGGUUGCUUUGGGCUGGUGUUUUGGGAAGAAUACCUACCUGAAGAGCAGCUGGAACAUUCUGGAUGGCAUGCUGGUGAUGAUCUCCGUGAUUGACAUCCUGGUAUCCCUGAUCUCCAACACCGGCACCAAGAUCCUGGGAAUGCUUCGGGUGCUACGUUUACUGAGGACCCUGCGGCCGCUCAGAGUGAUCAGCAGAGCUCCAGGACUGAAGCUGGUUGUUGAGACACUGAUGUCAUCCCUCAAGCCUAUCGGGAACAUUGUCGUCAUCUGCUGUGCCUUUUUCAUUAUUUUUGGCAUCUUGGGAGUUCAGCUCUUCAAAGGAAAGUUCUUUGUGUGUCAUGGGGAGGAUACUAAAAACAUCACCAACAAGUCUGAUUGCCUCCAGGCUAACUACAAAUGGGUCAGGCACAAGUACAACUUUGAUAACCUUGGACAGGCCCUCAUGUCCCUUUUUGUUCUGGCUUCUAAAGACGGCUGGGUGGACAUAAUGUACGACGGACUGGAUGCUGUUGGUGUCGAUCAGCAGCCCAUCAUGAAUUACAACCCAUGGAUGCUGCUCUAUUUCAUCUCCUUCUUGCUGAUUGUGGCUUUCUUCGUGCUCAACAUGUUCGUUGGCGUGGUGGUCGAGAACUUUCACAAGUGCCGGCGGCACCAGGAAGCCGAAGAAGCCAAACGGCGUGAGGAGAAGCGCCUUAAACGCAUGGAGAAAAAAAGAAGGAAUAUAAUGCUGACCGGUGUCAGUUGGUCCAGUCCCGAUCACACACAAGAAGCCCAGAGUAAACCCUAUUACUCCGAUUACUCACCUACACGGCUUCUCAUCCACAAGAUAUGCACCAGCCACUAUCUGGACCUGUUCAUCACAAUUGUCAUCGGGCUCAAUGUUAUCACCAUGUCCAUGGAGCACUACCAUCAACCUAAGGUUCUGGAUGAGGCUUUGAAGAUCUGUAACUACAUUUUUACAAUCAUAUUUGUCCUAGAAUCCGUCUUCAAGCUUGUUGCAUUUGGAUUUCGCCGCUUCUUCAAGGACAGGUGGAACCAGUUGGAUCUUGCCAUUGUUCUGUUGUCUAUCAUGGGCAUAACACUGGAAGAAAUCGAGGUCAAUGCUUCCCUUCCCAUCAACCCCACCAUCAUUCGCAUCAUGAGGGUGCUGCGGAUCGCUCGUGUGCUGAAGCUGCUCAAAAUGGCUGUGGGAAUGCGGGCUCUGCUAGACACUGUGAUCCAGGCCCUGCCUCAGGUGGGGAAUCUGGGUCUCCUCUUCAUGUUGCUCUUCUUCAUCUUCGCUGCUCUGGGAGUAGAGCUGUUUGGUGACCUGAUAUGUGAUGAGCGGCACCCCUGUGAAGGUCUUGGCCGUUAUGCCACAUUCAAGAAUUUUGGCAUGGCUUUCCUCCUGCUGUUCCGUGUAUCCACCGGGGACAACUGGAAUGGCAUUAUGAAGGACACGCUCAGAGACUGCUCCCAAGACACGGGCAUCUGCUACAACACGGUGGUGUCCCCCAUUUACUUUGUGUCCUUUGUACUGACGGCCCAGUUUGUGCUGGUCAAUGUGGUGAUUGCUGUGCUCAUGAAGCACCUGGAGGAAAGCAACAAAGAGGCUAAGGAGGAGGCUGAGCUAGAAGCUGAGAUGGAGCUGUUGGAGGCUGUGGGAGGAGAUGGAGGAAUACACCGGGGACACAUGCAACCUCUCGGACACGGUGACAUAGGUGGACCAGGAGGGUCACCAUGGAUCUCAAGAGACUCUCGAGACAUGUCAGGACCUCUCUACCCCACAGACAGCCCACCUGCAGACAUACGCAGGGACUCUGAAGAUCACAUAAAGACAGAUCCUGAUCCUCCUCAUCUGCCAUUAGAGCGGAGGCCUAUGUUUGAUUCAGUUUCCCUGGUGAUCCAGGGCUCAUUGGAAGGAGAGCUCAGCCUCAUGGACAACCUAUCUGGCUCCAUCUGCCACUACUACGCUCUGCCCCCACUUCCCAGCAAGCACUUCACUGAGAAACAGAUUCCUCUAGCCGAGAUGGAGGCUCUGUCUCUGGCGUCGGAGAAAUCCUGGUCCUUAGCUCUGACGGAUGACUCUGUCCCAGAUGAUUUUAACCCUCUCUUACUAACCAGUCAGGAGUGCAAUACCACAGCUCCAGCAGAUCCCCCAGACCCCCAGCAGCCAGACGAGCCAACGGAUGACCAUUUACUGUAUGUGAAGAAGACCUCAGUGGGCCGCACACAUUCUCUGCCCAAUGACAGCUACAUGUUCCUGCCGCUGCAGCCCAACUCAAUCCAGAGUACCCACACAACCUCACCUCAACUCGCUCAGACAGGUUCUAUAGGCUCUAUCCAGUCUCAAACAGAAGAACCCACACUGCACUUGACUGUCCCAACUGAUCUGUUCAGACCGAUCAGUCCGCACAGCUUAUCAGAUUCAGAGAGCAUCCCACGAAUCCCCCCACCUCGCCGGGCACACACUCUCUCACGAACCUUACGCAGACAGGUGGCAGUGAGUGCUGACUCUCAGGAGACUCUAUACACAGAGGCAGGGGAAAACGAGGGUCCCCUGGGGCUUAGGGAACUGUCGGACCCCCAUGUCAACCUUCCACCUCAGCAGCAGCAGCAGCACCAACCUUCCCUCUUUCUGGUCCCUGCCACACCAGGCGCCUCCCCGAAACCAUUGCGACCUAGUGUCCACACACAGCACAACCCCUACGACCAGUACAACGUGUUCUCCAAGCGUUCCUGCUCUCCACCCCUCCCAUCACUGGCUGCCAAGACGCAGGAGGAGAUGGACAUUGUGGAUCAGGAGGUUUCCCGAAUUAUCCGGGCGGGGCUCGCAGGUAGGAGCGACGAUGGGAUCGGGGAAGGGACAGGAGAUCAAGGCGCAAGACGUCAGCUUAAGAAGUACCACAGCGUUGACACUCAGGGCCAGCGAGCUCUGCUGUUACCACGGCCCUUGUCAUGGCUUGAUGACCCACGUCGGCACUCCAUUGAGGUGUGCUCAUCCAUGGAAAGCAGUCCCCAGUGCAGUUCGAUCUCGUCCGGCUUCGUGUCGCGAGGUGACAGCCUCCAGCAGCAGUCCUCUCCACGUGGCCGCAAGAAGAAGAUGAGUCCGCCGUGCAUCUCAGUCGAUCCGCCCGAAGGUUCGGAGCUUCCGGGAGGCUUUCACCCUGCUCUGGGGAUUGUGCCACCCCUGCUGCCAAGUCGGGACACUUGCCUGAGGAGGCGCGCUCCCUCCAGUGACUCCAAGGACUCAUUUGAUUUGGGUGGAGGAGGAGAUGGGCUGCCCCAAGAAGGCGUCUCGAAUUCCAAGCUAUUGACUCUGCCUAGCUUCUCUUUUGAGAAAACAAGCUCUGAGCACUGAACACUUGACUUACACGUUCACACACAGACACACACACACGCGCACAUGACACACGAUGCACUCUGUGUAUCCGUGAUGGUGAUAGUAAUAGUAAUAAUAUCUUAGAGAGUAAUAAUGCUAAAUGCAACAAUGGUGAAUACUCCAUGAUCAUGAGGAAUAGUAACUAUACCUUGUAUUUUUUUCUGUACUGCCAAAAGAACACAAAAGGACAUUGUGCUGAAGAUUAAACAAGCUAAUAACAAGACUCUCUCUCCUCAAAGAUGCCAGCUGAUACGCUGGCAACCUCAUGACCUCUUCGUGGAGGUGAGCGCAGAGCCCGAAGGAGGGCGUCCCCUUCUGGCCGUUGUGAAGACUUCACAGCACUGUAUUGCUGAACUCCCUAAAGGGCACUGAUGAAGGUACAAAGCAAUAUGAACGUUUUAGAGACACUAUUUUCUUAAAUUAUUGGGCCAUAGUGUUUGUAAAGGAUGUAGAAUUUCUUUUCUUUUUUUUCAAUUUCGUUAUAGUUUUAUUUGUGUCUUUUUGUGAUUUUUCUCUUUUACGCAAUGUUUAAAUUGUUUGUUGUUUGCUUUAUUUUUUCACCAUAUUAUAUUUUUAGCUU